AUGGGGGAUGACACCUUCAAGUUCAUCGAGCUGCCUAGUCAAAAUCCCGAGGGCCGUCUCCGGGCAGAAGUUACCAUGCCACCCAGCGACAUAUUGAUGCCUCCCCACUAUCCUGCGAAAGUCGACGAACACUACGAUUUCCUCGAGGGCGAGAUGCGCAUCAUUAUUAGAGAAGGAGAAGAUGUGUAUUGCAAGGCCGGCGAUAAACACUACAAUCCCCCUGGUUCUAUCCACACUGGGUGCAACAAUAGCAGCACCGAAAACCUUCGUUAUAUUUGGACAUUUCAGCCUGCACAUGAUAUGGAAAACUUCUUCAAGAUGUGCACCGAGACCCAUCCGCUUGCUCAGAAUGCCAUUUUUCGUCUAGAGCAAUAUCUAGCCGAAGAGUUAGCCGGAGAGAAGCCACCGGCUGAGGAAUCGCUAAGGGAACUUGGUGCUUUGAUCGACAAAUGUGGAGGGCUGAAGACCGUUCUCGCAAUGGCUCCUGCGAUGAAAAAAUACAUUCAUUUCGCUCAAGGUAUUCGUCUACUCCGGUGA